GAAACGCCGACGAAGCUUCGCGACUCGACAACGCAGUCUCAGGACGACCUUCAAACAGCGCUGUAAAUCGGCACCUGUUGAGGCAGUCAUUACGAACAAGCGCCAUGGCUUCUAUUGGCCCUCAACUACCUCCGCAUCUUCAGAAGCGCAAGCGCACCCCGGAAGACGACGCGGAUUCGGGGUCGCCUCCAACUAAGACCUCCCGGCGCGACAACGAUGAUGAGAUCCCUUUAGAAGACAACUCGGAUGAUGACUUUGGUCCCAGCGCGCCUCAGGCCGGAACUGAGGACAGCGACAGAACCGGGGCCCUCAGACCAGCACCAGCGAUCGGUCCGUCACUACCGCCGGUCGGCGCCAGCGGCACGGCGCCGACGAGCGGGAAACGAUCGAUUGGCCCUUCGCUCCCUUCGACAACAAUGCCCACCAACAACGACGAGAUCCCCCUUCACGAUGACUCUGACGACGACGCGACCGGCCCCGCGCCGCCUCCUCCGAAGCGCGUGUUCGGCCCAGCGCCGCCGCCAGCAGACCUCUCGGAGCGGCCCCCAACCGGCCCCGACCCAGAAACCUCAGACGACGAGGACGAUGACUGGGGUCCCGCGCUACCAGGCGCCUCAGCCAGCUCGCGGACCGCCGGGCCCGCCUCCGGCCCGACAACCCCCGCCUCCGCGCCAGAACCAACACCCGCCGCACCCAAACGCGACGACUGGAUGCUGGCCCCGCCCACCAGCAGCGGCUACCGCGCCGCCGACCCGACCAAGCUCAGAGCGCGCAAGUUCGCGAGCGGGCCCCGCGCCGCGACCGAGGCCAAGCCGGCCGGCGUGAGCUCGAUCUGGACGGAGACGCCCGAGGAGAAAGCGCGCCGGCUGGCCAACGCCGUGCUGGGGCGGGAAGACCCCGCCGCCGCCGCAGCAGCAGCAGGGGGCCCAUCUGCGCGAGCUGAGGCGCCCGGCACGAGCAAGAGCAGCGGCAGCAGCAGCAGCAGAAGCAACGGCAAAGCCGACGAGGCGCGGAUCAGGUCCUACAUGGAGCAGACGCGGGGCCGGAGUCUUGUGGAGGAGCACCAGGCUGCGAGGGCGGCGGGUAGGGCAGCUGCUGCUGGCAAGGGGGUGGAUGGCAGCAGGAAUAAAUGGGGGGUAAAGGCUGGCAGCGGUGGGGUCGAGGACGAGGAGGACGACCCGAGCAAACGGGCGUUCGACUGGGAGAAGGACAUGAAGGUGGGCGGGAGGAUAAGUAACUCCCAGCGGAAGGAGCUGCUGAAUCGCGCGGCGAAUUUUUCGGGUCGGUUCCAGGGCGGCAAGUAUCUUUGAGGCAGACGGUUGGUGGAUGACGCUGGCGCCGAUAUCCAACCGAUAUCAAGUGCGAUAUGGUAGAAGUGUAUAGACCGACUUCGAGCCUGCUGUGCAUCAAUCCCCAUCUACGCUUAUGACACCGCACACAACAGCU